CCCGCCCCUUUCAUUCAGCUCCAAGGAAGGAAGGAGGAACUCCUCCAGCCAGCCGCGUGUGACACUUCCAGGGCGCAGCCGAACUGCGCUGCUAUGUGCUUCCCAGGGAUUGUUUAACUGCUCCUACCGUCGGCCGGCAGGGAGCUCCGACUGUUGGGGACCCCAGGCGUUUCUUCGGGGGGGCCCGGGCUGUGCAGGGAAGGCGCUCGCGAGCGGCUCGGAAGUGAAGCGUGGCACAGAAUAGGCAGACGAGAGGGGGGCUUUUCCUGUGUUAUCAGAUAGCUCGAACUGCACGGCUGCCACCGCGGGACUGACGCAGAGCAAUGGCGGAGCAUCACCAGGUUUCCGACAGCAAACACAAGUCCCCGCUGACCUCCGGGGCGCCGUGCUCUGGGAAUGGCCGCAGCAGCACCGCGGCGACGGCGGCGGAGAGAGACGGCGUGGCCGGUGCGGGAGCAGGGUUGUCCGGCGGCCUGUCGCAGCCGGCCGGGUGGCAGUCCCUGCUGUCUUUCACAAUCCUGUUCCUGGCCUGUCUGGCCGGCUUCAGCUCCAGGCUCUUCGCCGUCAUCCGCUUCGAGAGCAUCAUCCACGAGUUCGACCCCUGGUUCAACUACAGGUCAACUCACCAUCUGACCACCAAUGGCUUCUAUGAGUUCCUCAACUGGUUUGAUGAAAGAGCCUGGUACCCUCUGGGUAGGAUAGUCGGAGGAACGGUCUACCCAGGCCUCAUGGUGACGGCGGGCCUCAUCCACUACGUGCUGAACCUGCUGCACGUUACCGUUCACAUCCGGGACGUUUGUGUUUUCUUGGCGCCAGUCUUCAGUGGCCUGACCUCCAUCUCCACCUUUCUCCUGACGAGAGAGCUGUGGAACCAGGGGGCGGGGCUGCUGGCGGCCUGCUUCAUCGCCAUCGUCCCAGGCUACAUUUCUCGCUCCGUGGCCGGCUCCUUUGAUAACGAAGGCAUCGCCAUCUUCGCCCUCCAGUUCACCUACUACCUCUGGGUAAAAUCAGUCAAAACUGGAUCUGUCUUUUGGACCAUCGGCUGCUGCCUGUCCUACUUCUACAUGGUGUCGGCGUGGGGCGGAUACGUGUUCAUCAUCAACCUUAUUCCUCUGCAUGUGUUUGUCCUGUUGCUGAUGCAGCGAUUCAGUAAAAGAGUCUACAUAGCCUACAGCACCUUCUACAUCUUAGGCCUGAUCCUGUCUAUGCAGAUCCCCUUCGUGGGCUUUCAGCCAAUCAGAACAAGCGAACACAUGGCAGCGGCUGGUGUGUUCGUUCUGCUGCAGGUCUACGCCUUCCUGCAGUAUCUGAAGGACAGACUGACCAAGCAGGAGUUCCAGACGCUGUUCUUCCUGGGAGUCUCUCUGGCUGCUGGGGUGGUUUUCCUCUCUGUCAUCUAUCUAACAUACACGGGGUACAUUGCUCCAUGGAGCGGUCGCUUCUACUCCCUCUGGGAUACCGGUUACGCUAAGAUCCACAUUCCCAUCAUAGCCUCAGUGUCGGAGCAUCAGCCCACCACCUGGGUCUCUUUCUUCUUCGACCUCCACAUCCUCGUCUGCACCUUCCCUGCAGGCCUCUGGUUCUGUAUCCGAAACAUAAACGAUGAGCGGGUCUUUGUGGCCUUGUACGCCAUCAGCGCGGUGUACUUCGCCGGCGUGAUGGUGCGCCUGAUGCUCACUCUGACUCCGGUGGUGUGCAUGCUGUCAGCCGUGGCCUUCUCCAGUGUUUUUGAGCACUACCUGGGUGACGAUAUGAAGAGGCAGAGCCCUCCUGCUGAGGACAGCAGCGACGAGGAUGACAGGAAGAAUGCAGGCAACCUUUACGAUAAGGCGGGGAAGGUGAGGAAACACGUGUCUGAGCAGGAGAAGCCAGAGGAGGGCCUGGGCCCCAACAUCAAGUCCAUAGUCACCAUGCUGAUGCUGAUGCUGCUCAUGAUGUUUGCCGUCCACUGCACCUGGGUCACCAGCAAUGCCUAUUCCAGCCCCAGUGUGGUGCUGGCGUCUUACAACCAUGAUGGGUCCCGUAACAUCCUGGACGACUUCAGGGAGGCGUACUACUGGCUGAGGCAGAACACAGACGAACAUGCCAGAGUGAUGUCAUGGUGGGACUACGGCUACCAGAUAGCAGGCAUGGCUAACAGGACCACGCUGGUGGACAACAACACGUGGAACAACAGCCACAUAGCUCUGGUCGGCAAAGCGAUGUCCUCCAACGAGACCGCAGCCUAUGACAUCAUGAGGUCUCUGGAUGUUGACUACGUCCUGAUCAUCUUUGGUGGGGUGAUCGGUUACUCGGGGGACGACAUCAACAAGUUCCUCUGGAUGGUGCGCAUUGCUGAGGGGGAGCACCCAAAGGACAUCAGGGAAAGCGACUACUUCACCCCUCAGGGAGAGUUCAGAGUGGACAAAGCUGGCUCCCCCACCUUGCUCAACUGCCUCAUGUACAAAAUGUCCUACUACCGCUUUGGAGAGAUGCAGCUGGAUUUCCGAACACCUCCUGGCUUCGACCGGACACGGAAUGCUGAGAUCGGCAACAAGGACAUAACGCUGAAGCAUCUGGAGGAAGCCUUCACUUCAGAGCACUGGCUGGUCAGGAUAUACAAGGUGAAAAAGCUGGAGAACCGGGACCGUGUGGAGGGCAGGCUGCGGAGCACCGACAUCCUCAGGCAGAAGUACACGUCUAAAAAGACGGCGAAGAGGAAGCGGGGCUUCAUCAAGAACAAGCUGUCCCUCAAGAAGGGCAAGAAAGUGACCAAGAAGUCUUUAUAGGAAGUUCACCGCGAGCAGACGCAGACUGUGAGCAGCAACAGCAAAGCUUACACUCACAACGUUCGGCACAAACACACAGCAGCAGUAAAGACGCAGCGCAGCGACUCGGGAUGAAGCAGCUCCUCCACACCGCCGCAACCACAACCAUGCCAAGGUGAAGCUCAGCUGAUCCAGGAGCCAACCAGGAGGCUGGAUGAGCGCAGACAUGAAGACACACACAGACACACACACACACACACAUAAUAAUAAAACAAUGACCUUCUGUAGCUGUAAUGGGACUCUAGAUCCAAACGUUAACUGUUCUUUCAGGAACUCAUCAGCCAGACAGCCCUGGUCUGGCACCACACACCGUCACUUAGCUAGUUGGUGCUUCCACGCAGCCACAGAAUCAUUUCUGGCCUUCUAUCGACUUCACCCACAUCCCCUUGACGUUAACCGUGUGGGCUCACAUCCCUGAAACCGCUGUGAAAACCUUUAGUGUUGCGGGAGCCGACUUUAACUCUGCUGUGCGCUUUUGCCUGAACCGUGAGAGAAUGCAGCGGGACAGAAGAGCGUAGGCCUUAGAAUGGUGGGGAGCUGCUCUGUGCGCGGGUGUAUUUAUGAGAGGGCCGGGCCGCUGCAGAGACUACAGCCAGCGCAGCGCCCCGUCCCGUCCUCAGGAUGCAAGGUUUUUAUCUGGCUUUGAUUUUCAACGAGAAACUUCUUCCGUCAAUUGUAAUGGUCUGGAUGCAGGUGUGGGAAUGAAACAUGCCUUUUUGAAUAAAGAGGUUGAAAUAAA